CUGCCAAACCCCUCUAAAUACGACGCCGUCUUCGGCCGUUUACCGCGCUGACCCCCUCGAAUCACGGUGAGCCAAAGACGGCGAAACAUCGAAGACUCCGAAUCUCAAAUCGAACUACACUCUGAAUUGUCGUCUUCUUCUUCUUCUUCUUCUUCUUCUUUAUCCCUCUGAAAUAAUCGACUUCCGCCGGGUUUGUAGGUUCCCUGCUCCGUCAGAGAAAGCAGCGUCGUCGGAACCCGAUGUCGUCGUCGUCGCCGUUCGCCGACACCACCACCACCGCGCGGCUCAUGCCACGCGGGGGCCAGUCCUUCUUCGCCACGCGCCGCCCCUGGUCCCAGUUCCUCAGCCUCCCUUCCCUCUCCCUCCCCCUCUCCCUCGGCGAGGCCGGCGCCCGGAUCCGGCGCAACCUCUCCUACUUCCGCGUCAACUACGCCAUGAUCGCCCUGGCCAUCCUCUUCCUCAGCCUCCUCUGGCACCCGAUCUCCAUGAUCGUCUUCAUCGUCGUCUUCGUCGCCUGGUUCUACCUCUACUUCUUCAGGGACGAGCCGCUGGUCCUGCUCGGCCGGCAGGUCGACGACCGCGUGGUGCUGGGGUUGCUCGGGGUGGUCACGGUCGUGGCCCUGGUCCUGACCAGCGUGUGGUUGAACGUGCUGGUCUCCUUCCUGAUUGGGGCUUUCCUGGUGGCCGUGCACGCCACGUUCCGGGGCACGGAGGACCAGUAUUUGGACGAGCAAGAGGCCGGCGAGGGCGGGUUGCGGUCGUUCGUGGGAAGCCCCACGCGUGUUGGAUACACCAGCAUUUAAGUGUAUUCGGUGCGCAAUUCCUGUAAUUGGUUAGCCAUGCCACGAGAUUGGAUUUUCCCGGAGUUGAAUGUGUCGGUCUUGAGGUGAAUUAACGACGACUCGGGUGUUGCUGCAGAGGUUCAAUUGGAUGGCAUCGUCAGUGGAUACUGGGUAGUGAGUACUGCUGGUCCCAUUCUUCUUUUUAGUUGGCAAUCGUUUGUAUAAUGGGCAGUGUAGAUUGACCUGCUACUACUUGAGAUAAAGAUUACAAUGAACUGCACCUUUGCUUCCAUUCCAUCGUGUUCUUCCUUUCGCCUGAAUCGCUGGACUUUCUCCUACUCUGCAUAUGAUAAUAAGCUGCGGUCUUUGAUUGUCAUGUGUUG